AUGGAUAUCAAAACAUUUAGAAAUAUAUUCAAUAAUAGAUUUAUCAUUAAAACUAUAGUCGAUCAAAUGAAGAAACUUAGAAGUGCACAACUAUUUGCACCAAGUUCAUCUAGUCGACCAAGAUACUAUCGAUACUCUGAAUUCAAUGAUAUAGGAGCACUACUUUCAACAAAAGAGUCAACCAAUCUACUCAGAUACAAGUUUGCACGUGGUGAUACAAGUAAACUUACUUUUGAUCCAAAAUAUAGGUUUUACUUUGUACUCUUUCAAGUUGAAGAUAUAUCAUUGCAACACCAGAUCAUCUACUUUUUGGGUGAUGCUUUCUAUCUCAAUGCAUUCUGCUAUAUGAGGUCGAUAAAUAUGCAUCACAGUGUAUUCAUUAGAUUAUUGGACUAUUAUCGAGUAAAUAAUAUUGAAUUGGAAGAUGAUAUGAUGGAAAAAGAGUACCAUGCGAAACUGCCCAUUGUCAUGUCGAUAGAAUGCUAUCAAUCUCUAUUGGGACCAAACAAAUCAAUGUCACAUAUUUUCCAAAUUCCAGAUUCAUUCUUUUUGGUGGCCAAUCAAGAUUUAAUUAAUCUAGUCAAACUAUCGGAUCCUGAUCAAGCAGCAAUACUAUUUCAAACGUGUAACUUCCAGGUGGUAUUGGACAAAUAUUUUAGAACUCCUUAUAUUGGAAAAUGGGGAUAUCUGUCACAGGUAGUCGAGACUGCAGCCAGAGUCUUCAAUGAUUAUCCGGAUUAUUAUAUCGAUGAACCAAUGGAGCUUUCAAAAAGGAGAUUAGUAUAUGGAAAUCUAUUGGAAUCAGAAUCAUUGGAAAAGAUUGAUAUGUUGGUGUUGUUGGAUAUGUGUGUUUUGUAUUCACUGGUUGUAGACACUUCAAAUGGGUUUAUGGAUGCUAUAUAUUCACUCGACGAUAUCAAGUUGAUUCGUUUGGUGUUGGGUCACCCAACCAUAACAAGAUUUCAAGAACCACUCACCCAGUAUGGGAGCCAUGCCACUGGAUUUGAAACAUUCAAACAAAUGUUUUCCAUUCCAACUUUAAAAGAUCAUCUUUGGCAAUGUGCAGCCAACACACUCGAAAAAGUACAGUAUAUGCAUAGAGAGAUGGGUUAUCAGUUCGAUGGAUACUCACUAUCAACAGUUUGCAAGUGGAAAAACAGAGAUGUAUUUUACUAUGUUCUCGAUAACAUUCGCAUAGCUGACAAGUCACCUGGAUUCCUAGAUCCAUAUCAAGAUGAUAUAUACCAAGAAUUACAAGGACCGUUUAUCGACCUUAUCGAACAUUUGGUUAAACUUGGAUAUCUCACUAUUGUUCCAUUUAUUCAUUGCUAUCCAUUUUUACAAAGCAAACUUCUUCGAUCACUAUGUUGUCCCGCCAACCUAGACCUAAAUAUUGCAUCAACAAUAGUAUUUUGUCAUGUCACAACAUUAUUUUAUACAAUAUCUGAAACAUCAAAACAUGGCAUGAUCGACACACUCCAAGAUAUUUUCGAUGCCUUCUGGCAGGUUUUUAUAACCUACAGCAUUGCUGCCCGAGAAUGUCUGACUCUUUUGGUUGGCAAUGCAUCCAAAACUCACCAUUUGAUGGUUAGAUUACUUGGUAUUGUUGAUGAUGGCAAUCCAAUGGAAUUACUCAAGAUGGUUGCAGAGGGAGAUGGAGGUGGAGUAGAGACUACACUAUACCUAUUAAACAAACAACUAGUUGGAAAGGAAACAAUACAAGAGACUGAUAUGGUUGAAAUAUUAAACAAAUUUGUUGGUAAAGGACACCUUGAAGAGUUUAUUCAAACUAUGACAUUCCUCCAUCAAAAAAAGUACAACAAAUUACUCCAUCAAUUGGUCAACAAGAUCAAUAUUGGCAAUGCAUUUUAUGAUAGUGAUAAUCCAUUUAUUGAAUAUUAUAUGCGUCUCCAUUAUCUAUACAAAGAUUCUGGUCACAGACGUCGAUCUUUUAUCAAUGUAUUCAAAUUCAAGAGUCUUAGACAAAUGAUUAAAAUGCUGGUUGGAAAUAGUCAGUUUAUUUUUGUCCAACAUCUCAUUGACAAGUAUGAUCAACGUGCCAACAUCACCGCCAUUCUCGAAACAUCACCUCAUCGAGAUUCAUAUAUAUUCCUUGAAUAUUCUAAAUUAAUAAAGUUGAUUCAUUAA